CUAUAGUUACGAGGUUGCCAAUUGGCUGAUAUUUCAACAUCAACCAAUCGUAAAAGAUUUUGGAAAAGCGGCGUAAAACGUCCAUUUUGUCCCUCGUGUUCCGCUGCCAAGGGCACAAGGCGAAUACAAGUAAAAAUGGCUGACCCAGAUUCGAAAGUGUAUGAUGAUGCUAUUGAUGCGGGAAGUGAGGAAAACCAAACCAGCGAGGAACCUAGCAGUCAGGGUGACGUGUCUGGGGAGCCUGCGGCGCUCGCCAGUCAGCUGAUGAGAGACCCACAGAUGUUAGCAGCCCUUCAGGACAAGCUAGGCAGCAUGGUGGGACAUAACUCUGGAUACAUACAGAGUCUCCCAAAGUCUGUGAAGAGAAGAAUUAAAGCUCUGAAGAAGUUGCAGUUUGAAGCAACCAAAAUUGAAGCAGAGUUCUAUCGAGAGGUGCAUCGACUGGAGUGUCAAUAUGCUGCCAAAUACUUACCACUAUUUGAGAAGAGAACAACAGUGGUGACAGGUGGAUACGAGCCAAAUGAUGACGAGGCAGACUGGCCAAGUGAUGAUGAAAAAGAGGAUGAGUUAGCUAAUGAGAAAACUGAUCUGGCUUUAGAAGACGCAAAGGACGAGGUAGAAAAGAAGGCAAACAUUGAAGAAAAGAAAGAGGAAAAUGCAGAUUCAGAAGCAAAGGAAAAGGAUGAAAACACAAAGGGAAUUCCUGGCUUUUGGCUUACAAUCUUCAAAAAUGUGGACAUGUUGUCUGACAUGAUACAGCCAGCAGAUGAACCAAUACUCAAUCAUCUACAAGACAUCAAAGUAGAAUUUAAAGAAAAAGAUCCAAUGGGGUUUACCUUACAAUUCAUAUUUGAGCCCAAUGAUUAUUUUGAGAACAAGCAAAUCACAAAGGAAUACGUCAUGAGAUCUGAACCAGAAGAAGGCGAUCCCUUCUCAUUUGAGGGGCCAGAAAUUAUCAAAUGUAUCGGGUGUAAAAUUGACUGGAAGAAAGGCAAGAACGUGACAGUUAAAACAGUUAAAAAGAAGCAGAAGCACAAAGCCAGUGGUACCACCAGAACAAUACAGAAAACAGUCCAAAAUGAUUCCUUCUUCAAUUUCUUCAGUCCGCCUACUCCUCCGGAGGAUGAGGAGAUGGAUGAAGACACUGAAGCCCUUCUAGCUGCAGAUUUUGAGAUCGGACACUUCAUUCGAGAACGCAUAGUACCUCGUGCUGUCCUGUAUUUCACUGGAGAGGCCUUGGAAAACGAUGAUGAUUAUGACGAGGGUGAUGAGGAGGAUGGAGCAGAGGAGGGGGAGUAUGAUGAGGAUGCUGACCCAGACUACAGUCCAGGGAAAGAGAAGCCUGCAGAAUGCAAACAGCAGUGAUUUGUUGCUUUCUUUUGUCUUCAUUGGUUACCAUAGAAACAUCAUUUCCAUGGAGCUAGUGAAUUGUUGCUAGUCCUUCCAGUGUCUAUACAUUCGACCUUGCUACAAUGUGAUAUGAACCCAGCCAAUGUCUUAAUGAAGCAGUUUGGAUUUUAUUCACUGGCCAUUGUACACCUCUGUCCUUGUUUAAAGACCAGUUAUUGCUAACUCUAAUGUUGUAUACUAUUCAACAUACAUGUAGUCUCAUUUUUAUUUAAAUCAAUUAUUUCGAGACUUUUGUAUUGGACUUGCUUGUGCUGUUAAAUGAUUGCUGAUUCACAGAGAAAAAUGGCUUGUUAUUAGGUAAUUGUCCCCUACCGAAGAAACUUGUGGUUUGCGCUCUGUGCGUCAGUCCGUCACACUUUUCUGGAUCAUGCGAUAAUUUAAAAAUUCUUCAUAGUUUUUCAUGAAACUUGAAACAUGGACAGAUGGCAUUAACGACAUUAUGCAUGUCAAUUUAUUAUGUUCAUAUGUCAAGAAUUCUGGUUGCUAUGGCAACAAAUAAAAAAUUAUGACAAUGGUGGAGUUUCACUGGUAGGGGACAAUAUUGCUUGGCAAUCUCUUGUUCAGGUUGUUAUUAAUGAUGUUUUUUCUUGUUUUAUUUCAAAAACCAAUUUCGAAAUCUCUGUUUAUUUAAUACCUCUGAAUGAACCUUAGGUGUUACACGCUGCUUUGAUAUUAACAAAAGUAGACUUUACAGUCAUGAGUUAUGGAAAUAUGAAACAUUUGAUUUAAAAUUCAUAUAAGGAUAUAUUAAAUUCUUUUUUUACCUUUAAUACCUCAAGUAAGUUAUGUUGAAAUGUGCUGCCAUAACUGAUUUGUAUAUUAGAUAUUUUGUUUAUCAUAAAAAUAAAUAUAUUACAUAAAGAAUAUCUCUUUGGUUCAUGAAUUAUCAAUGGAAAUCGCAUCACUGUGUUAAGUGUUCUGUGGUUAAAAGUUUGCAGUAAAUGUAUUUGAACGUUGUGUACUAUUCAUUAUCUUGAAGAGUUUAUAAGCAUGCCAUUAGUGAAACAUAUUUUUCUGGCAAAAAAUUUCAAGAAUAUAAGGGCUAACGGAAAGAGCUGAAUGUUGAAAUACCAUUAUUUUCUGAACACCUUCAUUUUCAUUUCGCAUGUAAAUGACUUAAAGUGUUUUUGAGUUUAUGGGUUAAGUUUCGUUAUGUGAUUUCAGAUGAAUUUUCAAUAUUUUUCGUUUUGAAUGCUGUGUUCAUCUCAUUAACACUUAGUUAUUGUUUACUUUAUGAUGUCCCGUAGUGUCGGUCAUGAAAAGAUGUUUUGAGACUGUUGCAACAUUUAAUUUUAUAUUUUGAACGAUGGUUGGUGUUAGAAGUUACUGAACUUAUUAACAUAUUUGUGAAUGAUAAAUUAAUGGUCUAUUUGGAAGUAUUGAUAAUUAUAUUUUGAAAUGACGUACAAUUGUGUAAUGAAAUUUGGUCUUGUUACUUGAUAGACAUGAUAAAUAGGUUUGCAUGUGACGUUUGUUCUCAGCUAAUACAAACUAUACAGUAAUGAAGUUACAUGCACGUAAACAUUCAAAUAAUUGUGUUUUUGGUUACCAUUGUGUGAUUGGAAGUGUUUUGAACAAAAAUAAAACUUGCCUAUACAUAUCAUAACUUUUUUAAUUCUGCUGGAUUUUCUCAUUACACAAGUUUUUUAAGUAAUUAUCAGUGUUCUAAUGACUUGAGAAGGCAGCAGUCCUUCAUUCACAGAUUGUUCACAGUAUGUUUCUGCCCUAUGUUUUUGGUAAUGAACGUUGUAAAAAAAAAUGUUUGUGCAAUGAUUAAGCAUGUUUUUGUCAUGUAAUCUCUGCUUAUUACUUUGUAAUUCUAGUAGUUAUAUUAUAAGUGUAAAUGUAAACUUAACGAAUGUUGUAUGGGUAUUAAAACUGUAAUGCAAUUAAAGAAGCUGAAAUCAC